GCACAUUAAAUGUCCUCUGUAACUUCAUACUUGUGACUGCCCUGAGCUGCUUUUUGGACCUCACGUGACUUCAAUUAAUUUAAUUAGUUAAAACAUGUGUAUCAACUCUCAUGUGACGUUCCAUUCGUGGUCAUAUUUGCAAUAAAGAUCCAAGAUAUGGACCUUAGCAGAAACACACGCGACGACUACCACUGCGAAUGUUCAAAUUAUUAUCAUUAAAACAUCAUUUAACAUUCAGUGUAGUUGCUAAUGAAAGGACUCUCAUGCACCGAACCAGAGCACCUGCUACACGCCGUGACUAUUCUAAUAGGCUAUGUCAAAGUGACUUCUUGUCCACCUCAGUCUCACUGCAGGGGUCCCGCCCAAAUUAAUACAAAGUAAUGCAGCCGUUUAAGCAGUAUUUUAUCCGCGCUAACCCUAAUUUCCAUAUGCAGAUCGGUCUCUCCCAACAGUCCCUCUCGCCAUCACACCAUUUCUUGCAUUCUAAUGCAUUCUCACAUCUUUUUCAAAAUCCCCCCUUCCGCCACACGCCGCGGAUGUGCUCGUUUUGUCGACUUCGUUAUUCCUGCACAUUUGGCGUUGUCAAGUGAGGGGAUGCACGAUAGAUGCGGUGUUUUGCAUGCGCUACUUUGCACGUUUUAUUACCAGGAGUCAGCGGAGAGACAAUAAAAAAAAAAAUGGACGCGUCGGGAGAUUCUUUUUCUGUAGGAUGCAUCGACCUCCCGCUCUGCUUUCAACAGGAGGCAGUCCGUCUGUGUGAAGGCUUUGUCGCUGGAUGGGAAAGGCUACGAUGUUCGGGGCAGUCGUGCUGGUGCUUGGCUGCCUGCUGCAGAGGAAACUAGUGACCACAGAGGGGCAUAGUGGGACCAACCGCCAUGUCUUCUAUGCAGUGCAAAUGGAUGGAGGCAUCAGUGCAGCCAGAGCUCUGGCCGAGCAGCUCAGACUGGAGUUCAUACAACGGGUUGGCAGCCUCAAGGGUCUGUACACCCUGAGAGACAGCAGGGGGCGCCCUGACAGAGCCACCUUUGAGGACAGACUUGCAUCUGCAGUUGGGGUGCGCUGGGUGCAGAGGCAGCACGCUCAUUAUAGAGACAAACGGGCUCCUGCGACAGGACUGGACCACAGUGGCGCUCACAGUUCCCAGAGGAGAGAGUUUGCAACUGACAGGCAGUCGGAGGAGAAUAAGAGUGACCAGUCCCUCACCUUCAAUGACCCGCUCUGGCCCAUGCAGUGGGAACUGUUUUCACAGGGCAAGUACAACUCCGGUGGCUUUGACCUGAACGUGAUGCCGGUUUGGAGCAACAACAUCACUGGUAAUGGAGUGGUGGUCACUAUCAUUGAUGAUGGCGUAGACCACGCGAACAAGGACCUCAAGAAGAACUUUGAGGCCCUCGCGAGUUUUGACCUGGUUGCUUCGCACGGUCUGUCUCACGAUCCCAUGCCUGUCAGAGAUGACGAGAACAGUCACGGUACCCGAUGUGCAGGGGAAGUUGCCAUGGAGGCCAACAACUCCUACUGUGGUGUGGGCAUCGCCUUCAAUGCCAAGAUCGGAGGUAUCCGCUUGCUGGGCAACUAUGUCACUGAUGCCAUGGAGGCUGCAGCUCUGACCUUCAACAUCCACUUCAUCGACAUCUACGUCUGCAGCUGGGGCCCGCCGGACAACGGAGCCAUGCUGGACGGGCCGAAAAGCCUGACAGAGCAGGCCCUUCGGCUAGGAACUCAAAAGGGCCGAGGUGGGAAGGGCAGCAUCUUUGUGUGGGCGGCAGGUAAUGGUGGAAUGCUGCAAGACCACUGCGGUGCAGACGGUUACGUUAACUCCAUCUACAACAUUGCCAUCGGCGCUGUCUCUCAAAUGGGGAAGCCCGCCCUCUUCGGCGAGCCCUGCCCCGGUGUGAUGGCCGUCACUCUCACGGGGUCCGACGUGGGAGGCUCACUACCUCUGGUUACUGCCACGGUGAUCAACAUUGAGGAUGGCUGUGUCACACAAUUUCCAGGAACAUCCAGCGCAGCUCCGAUUGCUGCAGGGAUUCUGGCUCUUGCACUGGAAGUAAAUCCUGAGCUGACGUGGAGGGAUGUUCAGCAUCUGAUCGCCAACACAGCAAAGAUACCUGACCCCAAGGAGCCCGGAUGGAGCAUCAACGCAGCAGGAUACCACGUUCAUCACAGAUAUGGCUUUGGAUUGCUGGAUGCAGGGCUGAUGGUGCAGCAGGCCACACACUUUCACACCGUUGCUCCGCAGAGGAAGUGUACGCAACGAGUCACGCUCAGCCCCGCCAGAAUCCUUUCUUCAGGAGGUGUGGUCAGUGUGAACAUCCAAUCAGAGGCAUGCCACGGGAGGACUAAUGAGAUCAACACUCUGGAGCAUGUGCAGGUGAGAGUGAGCAUCAACAGCGUGUGUCGCGGUGACCUCUCCAUAAGCCUGGAGUCUCCAGCCGGCACUGUAUCGCUGCUGCUGGACACGCGGCCCAAUGACGCCUCCACUGCCGGCCUGAAAAACUGGCCCCUGAUGACAGUGCACUGCUGGGGGGAGCAGCCUCGAGGCAUCUGGAACCUCCAGGUGACUGACCGCAAAGGAACAGUGGGGAGCUGUACAAGGCCGAACGACGAGGAGGUAUCCGGAGCCUUGUUCAGUGUUACACUCAUCCUCUACGGCACCUACCACCCACACAGGACCACGCACGAGGGACCCCUGGACAGCAUUGUGUCCAUGGGGUCGCGUCAUCCUGUUCCUCAGAGGGGGGUGGACCAGAGGGGCCGUUACCCCCCUCUGGACCUGAUUCAGUGGAUCUACCAAAUGGAGAGAGACAGGAGGGUGCGGGCUGACGAUAUCACCGUGCCAGCCAGACGCCAGAUUGCGAAGAUACCUGGAAACCUGUUGGAUAAGCAGUCCCUAAACGGGUCCUUGGCGUCCAUUAUGGCUUUCCAGUUACAUCAGGGAGAUGUUGUACAGAAGUCCUCCACAAGGUCAAGACCUUCUGCUCUGAGGCGUCGUGAGACCUUCAGGGACAACACGGACAGAGAGAGCGGGUCCUUACCACCGCAGACUUUCCGGGGUGUCGCCACGGAUGUGAAGGAGGUUCAACAGUCAGUCUCUCCAGAUCCAGAUCCAGAUCUAGAUCCAGGAGGAAGAGGAACUGUGAGCGGAGAGGCAGAGGCAGGGACCGGGCAGCAGCAAGGGAACUGAAGAAACAAAAAUGAAGCAUGGUUAAAUAAAAAGUGUUAUUUUU